AUGAUCAGUUCAGCUCAGCCCGGCCCUGCCCAGUUCUUCUGCUCCGGGUCUGCUGUACCGCUUAUCCCUCCUCCCAGGCACGACGACAUUUCCACCUCGACCUCUGCCGUGACCUCUGCCUCCAUCACCGUUUCUCAACCGCCAAACCCGCCAAACCCGACAUCCCCAAUCCUCCUCCCUCGAUCCUUAAUUCUCGUCUUUCUCUCGCCCUCUGCACCCACCAGGCCGCGAGAGCCUCCUCGUCCCCCCAACAUGAACAAAUUAGCCAACAUGCGGCAUUGGUCAGAGAGGAUGGGCCCUGGCUUUGGCAUGUCAAGGCCGAACAACAUGAAUAUGAAUAUGCCCGCCGUCAACCCCCAGCACAAGACCGCACCACACGGGGCUUCACCAAUCCUCUCGCCCACCUCCGAGCAGUCUCACAUCCACUACUCGUUCAACGUCCCCUUCGCCUCGGACCUCGCUGGCCCCAAUACGGAGGAUAUCCUCUACGCUACGAAUGGCGCCGUCCUGCGUUGGACGCACCCCGAAGACGCGCCUGACGAUGUCCCCAUCUACGAGCUCCCCGUCCACGCCCAGAACGUGACGAGUCUGAGGCAGCUCUGCAAAGACAUCACCAACGGUCCGCUACCGAUCGAGGCCCACGUCAAGUCCUCCGAGCCGAAACGGGUGAAGGGACAGGUCACAACCGUCUGUCUGUCGGGAAGUCCGGAGCUGGUGCACAAGAGUCGGGAGACGAUUUUGAAUGAUACCCCCUUGGCGUUGCGGUGCGCGGUGGUCGAUAUUGACGGAGAGUUGGUUAUUGAUUCUGCGGCGACGGCUCUGAAGUCCCAUGUGGUGGAACAUCUCGAUCAAAUUUCUUCCUUCUGCGGAGUCGACAUCUUCCUUCUCGGCCCAAAAUUUGCAUCGUUGUCCGAUGGCUUAAAUAGCAAUGGGGACGCAGGUCGGGAUCAGCGAUGGAGGGUUGCAAUCUACGGAGACAUGGAGAGUGCGGAGCAUGCAAAGACUAGAGUCUUGAUCUUCAUCGACAGACUGCUUGGGCGUGUUGUCGAUGGAACGAUGCUCGAACUCUCCCUCCACACUGUCGUCUGCGGUCGUUCUCGCAAGAAUAUCAAGAUUAUCGAAUCAGCAACGAAUACGGCAAUCUACUUCCCACCACCAUUCUCACAGGUCUACAGAUACUGUCCCGCUGGAGCUCAGAGGCGUAACCCAGAAGAGAUCUUCAUCACUGGCGAUACACCACAGAAUAUUGCCAUGGCCAAGCAGAAGAUCCACGAAUUGGUCAGCCGCACGAGGGUCUUCAUGAAGGAUGCGGUCGUUGCUGCUGCCAAGAUCGAUAGCAUUCUGUUAAGCAGAUUGGAUAAGGUCCGCAAGAUCAUGGAAACGAAUGGCACUUUCAUUCAAUUUCCGGCAUUAGCUUCCCAACGCAACAUGAUCCGAAUUCAAGGCGUGGAGGGACUUCACGUUGAGCGAACGGUUAGGGAUAUCAUGUCUCUGACUGGCCAAUUUUACAGUGCGUCAUGGUGGAUUCAACAAGCCGAGACCAUGCGUCUUCCUUCCCCGGCCGAUAUCCGAACGAUGCUCUCCGACAUCUGUGCAAACUCGGAUGCCGAUGUAUCUUUCGAUAAGCUAACCUUUUCCAUCACCGGCUCUGAUGAUGCAGUGAAGGCAGCUUUGAUGGUUAUCUCCGAGAUCAGAUUCGUUACCAGGUCCCAGUACCAAAUCAGAGUCAAGAUUGAGCUAGCCAACGAGCACAAAGAAUUCGUCAGCGGUAAGAAAAAUGGCAAGAUCAACAAAAUCAUGGGACAAAGCAGCGUUCAAAUUAUUUUCGAUGGGUUCAACGAGUACAACUUCAAUAUCGACGUCUGCGCCGGCAAUUACGAUGCCAUGAAAUCAGGUUUAAUGCUCGUUGAGCAGGAAAUGCCAGCGUCAAUCUCGUUCCAUGUCCCGGAUCAGUACCACAAGCGUAUCAUUGGCAUUGGAGGCCAGCAUAUCCAGCGGAUCAUGAAGAAGCACUCUGUCUUCGUCAAAUUUUCAAACGCCAUGGACCGCGGCGGUGUUGGUCGAGAAGACGAUGAUAUCAAGGUCGAUAAUGUCAUCUGCCGUACGCCGGCUCGAAAUGCUCAGAAUUUGGAACUUGUCAAAUCUGAAAUCCUGGAUAUGGUCGAUCGAGUCGAUUCGGAGUUCACAUCUCAGACGGUUAACGUAGACCGGCUCUACCACCGACAGCUCAUUGCUCGUCUCGCCCAGCUGGAAGAGCUCGAGAAGAAGUGGAACUGCAAGAUUAUCUUUCCAAGCACGGAGCGAGCUAGCGACGACGUAACAGUCUCGGGACCGGAAUGGCAAGUGCCUCACUGCGUCGACGAGUUCCUCGGCAUGGUUCCGGAUAACCACGACCUUGUCGUUGCCCGCACUGAUGAGUUGAUGAAGUUCCUCGAGUCACCACAGUUCAAAAAUGACCUUGUUCCGAAGCUCAAAGCACAAUAUGUCGUCGAAGUUGAGGUCAAGGAGGAUGAACCCGAUGCUGAGGAAGAUGGCGUCCCCAGUGUCACUUUACAUUGGACCUUUACCCGAAAUAACGCUGGCGGGGUCCGUGAUGCCGUCGACUUCUUGACCACAAGUCUUGCUUCUGCUGGUAUUGAACCCACGAUUAUCAAGGGCGCCAUUCCCCGUCCAAAGUCUGACUCCUUCGAGGAGUCUCUCCAGUACUUCGACUCCAAGCUCCUUCAGCAUGCUCCCGCCCCUGUUUCAACGGACUCGCCAACGAGAUCCACUUUCACUGAAGACGUUGCCCGCGAGCGCAGUACCAUCUUUGACAAGCUUCGCAAGCCAGGCAGCAUGUCCUCGAUCUCAUCCUUCCUUGACCGUAGGAAGAAUAGCUCCCAUUCGGCUGCUGGAUCGUUCUUCAAGAACGGUUCCAACAAUGUCUCCAAGUCCUCGCUCAUCUCGAUCGAGUCUACACGCAGUUUCAACGCCGACCGUAACCCAUGGAACGACAGUGGUGUCAAUCUGACAGAGGAUGAUAAUACACCUUGGCCAACCCGCCAUUUCGGCAAUGGUAACGGUAACGGCAAUGGCAAUGGUAACGGGAGCAUCCAUGACCAUAAGCCCAUCCAACUCCAACAUCCCGGUGAUGCAACCCCAAAACACAUCAUGAGGGCCUCGACUGACAGCGGUCGACCCUCCACAUCUCAUUCUACCAACUCAGGAUACCCAGGCCCUAUUGGACCACCGCGUUCUUAA